CAAGCAAUAAGUAUAGAUAUAUCAUGAAUAUCACAACAAAGCAGAUCUAUAGUUUGGGGCUAAUCCCACAAACCUAUCUGAACCCUAAACCUAACAGGUGGAUCUACUCAGAAAUUAAAAUAUAAAUCAUAGAUAAAUAGAUAUAAACCCAAAUGAAACAGAUCAAUAAAACCAAUGGAGUUCCAGGAGGACUCUGAUAGGAUUUCCUCCUUUCUCUCCUCAGAGAAACAAUGGAAAUGAAAGUGUGUAGAAAGCGUAGAAAGCGUAGCCGUUAACAAUGGCUUAAAAUAACAUAAAUAGGGUUUCUGGUCGUCCAAGGGCAUUCUGGUAAUUUUGUGGUUACUUCUGGGCUUAAAAUAUACAAGGCCCACGAUCUGGAAUCUCCAUCGAUCGACGUGCAGAGUGCUGCAUCGAUCGACGCGGCUUCCUCUUCUCGGCAGCUUCCUCUCGCGAGACAGACUGACCACGCUUUAGUAAAACGGGCAUAACUUCUGCUAUAGGAUGCUGAUUGACCUGAGACCGGUGGCAUUGGAAAUCUAACUCAAAUAUCUAUCUUGUGUCAAAGUAUGGGCUCAAUCUAACGGUCGGAAGGUCUCCAUCCAUAGCUAAACAUCUGACGCGUCUGUGCAACUUUGCACCUCCAAAGGCUCUAAAAGACUCCAAAAUCACCAUAUUUCUCUUAAACGUCCCUGAACCUGUAAAUACUCUAAAUAGACUCCAAAACAUAAUAAUUGUAUCUUAAAACACUUUAAAACACUUAUAGAACAUGAUUAAAAAUGGGUAAAAUAUAUGGUCUAUCAAAUAAAUAAUAUAUUUGAUUUAUAAUUUUAAUAUUAGGUAUUAAUAUUAUUAAGUAUAAUUAUAACACAUAUAUAUAUAUAUGUUCGGUUAUGUACAAAUAUCCAUUCAAUUCCCGGUACGGGUUGGAUUCGUAUCAAUUUUUGAGUUUUGAAAAAUGGACCCGUUCGGAUAUUUAGGCUGGAUCCUAUCACAUUCGAUAUCCUGAUUUUUGGAUCGAUUUCGGAUCAGUUUUGAAUGUGGAUAUUAUUCUCAAAUCCUAUAUUAGACUAUAAAAAAUUAAAACACAUAAUUUAUAAUUGAUAAUUUUUUUAGUAGAAUAUUUAAAAGAAAAUAAAUCUUGCAAUUUCAAAACGGAAUUCAAAAUUUAGUUAUUUCUUAAAUGAUGUAACGUAAAUGGUAGUGAAGAGGAUUUGUCAAAGGACCUAACUAAUGAACAAAAGAGAACUGAAAUUUAAAUUAAAAUUUCUCGAAACUUACAUUUCUCCUCAAACUAUCUUGAAACAGAAUAUGCACUGAAAUUCGUGUCUGUUUUAGAGUUUACGUUCCUCUCUUUUAUUACUUUAGUCCCAGGUCUUGAAAUUCUUUUAAAAUUUCAAUAGCUAUGCAAUGCAACAGUGACAAUCGAAACAAAGCUGGGAGCUAAUGCAAUGUAAAAAAAGUAAGAAAACGAAUUUGUGGCGGAGAAUUCAACCAGUGUGAUGACUCUAUUAACUGAACACCUCCAUAUUUGGAAGAAUUUUAGUAGCAACCUAUGCCACCUUCACAAGACCUGCGGCGAGUAGUGUGCCACGAAGUUAAGGACGCUAUUUAGAUCAAACUUAUUCCAAAAUCUCCAGUUUGAAGCCUCUUACUCGUUGAACUCUAGCUGGACAGGCUUUCAUGGUCAAAGUAGGAGUGUGUUUAGGAGCUUACAUUGAGUAAUAGUGAUGCAGCAUCAUGAUACCUUCACCACCAAGCAACUGUUUUUCUAUUUCGGUUUUUAGAGGAUUUCCUUUUCUAGUUAUGAAUUCCUUUUAUUAGAUUUUCUAUUUUUAACAGAGUUUGGUUAUUAUAAACCGUCUCUAGGAUCCUAUAUAAGGGAUUGUAAGUUGGCUUUGAUAAGUAGUUUUUGAAAGAUAAUAAACUAGAGUUUCUCUAAAGCCUUGCAUUGAUUCGAUUCUGUCGUCAAUACGAGAGCCUUGUAUCGAAUUUGAUUAAGUUCUUCGAUUCAAGAAGUCAGGUCUCUAAAGAUUUAACCUAAAUCUUUAGAUUUGAGCUGAGUUACCGUUGAUACGCUGCGCCAGGUUGGUAUCAGAGCUUUGCUACGCUCCUCGAAAAUUUUUUCCAUUCACCAUGGCAAGACCUCGACGAGCACCUGUUCGAACCGAAGCAGAAAUCACCCGUGAUGCAAUCGCUGAGCUUCAGGCUCAGAUGCAAACUAUCGCCGCCGCCCUCCACAACCUUAAUGUUCAACAACAACCACCAGUUCGCGAUAAUGUUGAACGUGCGAGCAACAACGAUGCAGAAGACGAUGACGAAGCAAACCUAUUUGCCGCCGCAGCAGCAGAACAUGUGAACCCCUUCACUCCUCUCAACGACCGUGUACUCGGUCAAGAUAACAUUCGCGGUGCAGCAGCUGUUGUUCCAUGGGAAACAGGAUUCAAAACAGAGAUUCCAGAGUUCCAUGGCAACUCAUCCGCCGAAGAACUUCUCGAUUGGAUAGUCACAGUUGAAGAAAUUCUUGAAUUCAAGAGAGCACCAAUGGAACGUUGUGUUCCGUUGUUAACAAUGCGAUUCCGCAACAGAGCAGCAGCAUGGUGGAUACAACUAAAAACUACACGAGCCCGUCUUGGAAAACCCAAGAUCAUGUCAUGGGAUAAGCUUAAAUCAAAACUUAAAAAGACAUUCUUGCCUUACAACUAUGAUCAGCUAAUGUUCCAACGACUACAUCAUAUUCGUCAAGGAACUCGUUCAGUUGCUGAAUAUUCCCAAGAAUUUUUUUUGCUGCUUACAAGAGUUGAUAUUCAAGAUUCAGAACGACAGUUGGCUGCUCGAUUCACUGCCGGCCUGCGUCAACAGAUCCAGCACACUAUCAACUUGUUUAAUCCACUGACCUUAUCAGAAGCUCACCAACAGGCACUCACCAUUGAAUCUCAAACUAAAAGCAAUUACUCUUGGUCUGCGUCUCGUACUACCCGACCUGUUCAGCAACAGCAGUCUACAAAUUUAGCCGAUGAUUCGCUUCCUCAACAAACUGAAACUGCCCUCGUGCCUUUAACGGAUAAGACAACAACUCGACCAUCUUCACUACGAUGUUUCGCUUGCGGAGAGAUUGGUCAUCGACAAGCCAAUUGUCCGAAAAGAAAUCGCAGGGGACUUCUUCUUGAUGCCGCUGGCAAGGACGUAGAGGUUAUUUAUGAUGAGGAAAUUGCAGAAAAUCUAGAAGAAACAGAGGACCUGAUCGCAGAUACUGGUCCUUGUUUGAUGAUGCGACGUGUUUGCCUUGCUCCACGCCAUAUUGAUGACAAUCCACAACGCCAUAACCUGUUCCACUCGAAGUGUACUAUUGCCGGCAAGGUUUGCAAAUUUAUUAUUGACUCGGGAAGUAGUGAAAACGUAGUGGCAGAGGACGUUGUCAACAAACUCAAUCUGACAACAGAACUUCAUCCAUAUCCAUAUAAACUCGCAUGGCUAGACAAGAAGACAGACUUGACCAUUACUCGACGUGCUCUCAUAUCAUAUUCAGUUGGUGGCACAUUCCAGGAUCAAAUUUAUUGUGAUGUAGCACCGAUGGACGCUUGUCAUCUUCUCUUAGGACGCCCUUGGCUAUUUGAUCAUCGAGUAAAACACGAUGGUUAUCACAAUACCUAUAGCUUCCGUUUCAACGAUAAAAACUUCACACUGCAACCCUCUUUACCUGAGAAGCAGAGUUUACUGUCCUCACCAGUCCUUAUUCUCCAACGCAAACCUUUUGAGCAAGAGAUGCGAGAAGAGGGACGUGUUCUGAUCCUGCUGAACUCACCAGUCAACACAUCUUUACCACAAAUUCCGGAUAGCUUUAAAGGUCUGUUGACCAAGUUUCAGGACGUCUUCCCCGACGAGUUACCAACUGGCCUUCCUCCUCUAAGAGAUAUUCAACACCGUAUUGAUCUAGUUCCAGAUGCUAUCCUACCUAAUCGAGCUCAUUACCGUAUGAGUCCAAGUGAGCAUGAAGAACUACGACGACAAGUUGAGGAUCUCAUCACGAAAGGAUACUUGCGCGAGAGUUUGAGUCCGUGUGCAGUUCCAGCUUUGCUCAUACCAAAAAAGAUGGAUCAUGGAGAAUGUGUGUCGAUAGCCGUGCUAUCAAUAAGAUUACAGUCCGCUAUCGAUUUCCAAUACCACGUCUUGAUGAUCUAUUAGACCAAAUUGGUGCUGCAACAACCUUUUCUAAACUCGAACUUCGCAGUGGAUACCAUCAAAUCCGUAUUCAACCGGGUGAUGAGUGGAAGACAGCAUUCAAAACCAGAGAAGGGCUGUUUGAAUGGCUUGUUAUGCCUUUCGGGCUUUCCAAUGCCCCUAGUACCUUCAUGCGGGUUUUGAAUCAGUCUCUUCGGCCGUUUAUUGGUAAAUUUGUGGUGGUUUACUUUGAUGAUAUUCUGAUAUUCAGUAAGUCAUUAGCCGAGCAUCUAGAACACUUGGAAGCAGUCCUUCUUAUCCUUCGUCGUGAUCAAUUCUAUGCGACGAUGAAGAAGUGUGAGUUCGGCUCUCCUAAAGUCCACUUUCUCGGCUACAUUGUUUCCGCAGAAGGACUCGCUGUGGAUCCUAGUAAAGUGGAUGCAAUUAAAACGUGGCCAACUCCAUCUACAUUGUCUGAGACACGAAGCUUCCAUGGUCUAGCAUCUUUUUAUCGAAGAUUUGUGCCACAGUUUAGCAGCUUAAUGGCGCCUCUCACGGAUUGUAUUCGACGGGAUGGUGUCUUCGCAUGGACUCCCGCCGCAGCCACCGCGUUUGAGAUUAUCAAAUCAAAGUUGAUUUCAGCUCCUAUACUUGCUCUACCUGAUUUUACCCAGGUCUUUGAACUCCAUUGUGAUGCUUCUAAGUUGGGAAUCAGUGCUGUAUUGAGUCAGCGAAACCGGCCUAUCGCCUUCUUCAGUGAAAAACUGGCAGGAGCUCGUUUACGUUAUAGUACUUAUGAUGUGGAGUUUUGUGCCGUGGUUCAAGCAAUCAAGCACUGGAGACAUUAUCUUUUUCAUAAAGAAUUCGUUCUCUAUACAGAUCACGAUGCGUUAAAACACUUGAGUAGUCAAGAUAAGGUCUCGUCUCGGCUCGUCAUGCCUCGUGGGUGUCUUAUUUACAACAGUUUACUUUUGUUAUCAAACACACGUCGGGUAUCUCCAAUCGAGUGGCUGACGCACUAAGCCGACGUCGUUCUUUGCUGGGUGUUCUUCAUGUUUCAGUUCCCGGCUUUGCAGCUUUUUCUUACUUAUACGAGUCUGAUGAAUAUUUUGGUCGGAUUCUUCUUGAUGUUCAGAAUGGCGUAUCACGCGAUUUCACUCUUCAUGAUGGGUUUCUUUUUCGUGGCGACCGUCUCUGCGUUCCGGAUUGUAGCCUCCGUCUUCAACUAAUCGCUGAAACACAUAAUGAGGGUCAUAUAGGACGCGACAGAACAUUGCAUUUGAUCUCUGCGUCAUAUUUCUGGCCGGCUCUAAGACGCGAUGUUGAGCGUUUUGUGGAGAGAUGCACGACCUGUCAAACAUCGAAAGGACAUGCUACAAACGCUGGUCUCUACAUGCCGUUACCUAUACCAACGCAACCGUGGACUGACAUCAGUAUGGAUUUCGUCAUGGGUCUUCCUCGUACACAAAAAGGGUUUGAUUCAAUCUUUGUUGUCGUGGAUCGAUUCUCAAAAAUGGUGCACUUUGUUCCCUGUAAAAAAACGACGGAUGCAGUUCAAGUUGCGACACUCAAUAGACUUCAUGGGUUGCCUACUUCUAUUGUCUCAGACCGUGAUUCACGCUUCUUGGGUCACUUCUGGCGAUCUCUUUGGAAGCUUCUCGGCACCAUCUCUUUUUUUUUUUUGAAAAAAAAAAAGUAAGAUCUUGUCUCGACAUGAGUUCGGCUUAUCAUCCCCAAACGGACGGUCAAACAGAGGUGACCAAUAGAUCGUUGGGUAACUUGCUACGAUGUCUUGUUGGUGAUUCCAUUAAAUCGUGGGAUUCAAAACUUCCUCAAGCAGAGUUUGCUCAUAAUCAUGCACUCAAUCGAAGUUCAGGUUUCAGUCCAUUUCAGGUCGUUUAUGGUCUUCUUCCUCGUGAUCCUUUGGAUUUAACUACUCUUCCAGACCAUACCCGUCUUCAUGGAGUCGCUGCUGAUUUUGUCGACAAUAUUCAUCAAGUUCAUGCGCAGGUUAUCACCAAUCUUCAGUCCUCCUCGUCAAAGUACAAAGCAGCGUCUGAUUCUCAUCGUCGCCGUGUCCUAUUUGAAGUUGGUGAUCAAGUUUGGGCGUUUCUCACUAAGGACCGUAUGCCAGCUCAUGCUUAUAACAAACUCAAGGCAAAGAAAAUAGGUCCUCUCACAGUCCUGGAGCGUAUUAAUGAUAAUGUAUAUCGUCUGCAACUUCCAGCUCAUAUCACUACCUCGGAUGUAUUCAAUGUUCGUUAUCUCUCUCGCUAUGCUCCACCAGAUCCGGUUCCUGAUUCGAGGUCGAAUCUUUCUCACCCCGGGGGACCUGAUGCAGCAUCAUGAUACCUUCACCACCAAGCAACUGUUUUUCUAUUUCGGUUUUUAGAAGAUUUCCUUUUCUAGUUAUGAAUUCCUUUUAUUAGAUUUUCUAUUUUUAACAGAGUUAGGUUAUUAUAAACCGUCUCUAGGAUCCUAUAUAAGGGAUUGUAAGUUGGCUUUGAUAAGUAGUUUUUGAAAGAUAAUAAACUAGAGUUUCUCUAAAGCCUUGCAUUGAUUCGAUUAUGUCGUCAAUACGAGAGCCUUGUAUCGAAUUUGAUUAAGUUCUUCGAUUCAAGAAGUCAGGUCUCUAAAGAUUUAACCUAAAUCUUUAGAUUUGAGCUGAGUUACCGUUGAUACGCUGCGCCAAAUAGCCAACCUGCAGUCAGACAUUUGGUUGGUAUGUAAGCUGGUGUGAUGUUGUUAUAUAUUAAAAAUGAUAAGGAAAACAAAUGAGGACAUCCAACUAAUUUAGAAUUAAUGUGGGUUGCAAAUUACUUGCAAUGAUGACUUUUGGCUCCACACACGCUAUCAAUUUUUUUUUAAUGGAGUUGACUUUCCGCGCAAACAAACACACUACGACAUACGUUCCAGAGUUGGGAGAUGUUUUAAAAAAAUGCACACAUAAUCAAGUAACAAAAAUGAACUAAAUGUGACGUACCAGAGGCUGGAUGCAAAUAAGCUCCAAGAGCUUCACGCAGGAACCAAACCUUGCACGAACUCAACCUAGAACCGGUUUAGAUAGAAUCGAAAGAAGGCCCAGCAAGAGAACCCGAAUACUACACCACCGAGACCAAACACGAAACCGCAGACACCGAGACCAAACCUUGCAGGAAUCUCAAAGUAUAUAUACAAUCAUAUCUCUUUAUUUUAUCUGUUGUCCAUUAUAACACAUAACCUUCUUUAAAACCACAUCUCGUUUAAAAAAAUCAAACAUAAACUUAUAAUGGAUUUGAUAUGUAAAAAAAAAG